AUGGAUACUCGCACGUUCGUCUCCGACUCCCUUUUACAAUUCACAGGCGCAUCAGAUCCUACAAUCGUCGACUUCGUAAUCGCCACAGCCACCGAUGCCAAAUCCGCAGAUGAAUUACGAGAUAAACUGGUACCGUUCCUAGAAGGUGGGGAUGAUCAUGGAAUUGACAAAUUUUGCGCCGAUCUUUAUGGUCGUGUUGGUUCUGGAGGUGGAGGAGUGAAAUCGAAGUCGCAUACUAUAAACGAGUCGUCGUCGAAGAAGAAAUAUCGAUUAGUAGAAAUGGAAGAUGAGGAUCUAUCGUCGUAUGGAGCGGUGGGUUAUACGAGUGUGGACUCAUCAGAGAAACGCAGGCAGAAUAAAGGGAAAGAUGAAUCAAGAUCGAAACAAUCUAUACGCAACCGCUGGGAAAGUGACAAAGAUGAUAAUGCGCACGAACGCAGUCGGCGCGACAAGGACUCUAGCGACGGUAAAAGCCGGAAGCGUGACAGAAGCCGAGGAGCAGAGGGCGAAAGUCGUGAUCGGAAUCGAAGGUCGCGAAAACUGCGCAGGCGAGAUAAUGAAGAUUUCGAGGAUCGCUGGGGCGAUGAGGAAAUAUUGCCUGAGGAAGAAGAAUAUAUGCAUGAACAAGCAGAAGGAGACUUACCUUCCAAACGGACUCGUUUAGAAGAUAGGUCUACAUCUCCUCGAUCAGCCGCAUCAUCAGAACUGGAUGAUGAAGCCAAGGCAGAACGAGAACGGCUCCGCGAUCUAAAAGAACGUGACGAAUUUGCCAAACGACUUGCCGAGAAGGAAGAUUCAAAAUCAAAGAAAAAAAUCGUGGAAGAUAGGACUCGACGAGGCGGUGAUAGUCGUCGUGCUUUGGCCGAUGAUGCCGAUGCUAGAAGUGCGGCUAUGCCAGAUCUUCGAUUACGAUCUCGACAGGAAUAUUUGAAGAAGCGAGAAGUUGAGCGGAUAGCCUUGCUCAGGAGGCAGGUCGCGGAAGAAGAGAUUGAGCUGCGUGAGAAUCCUAACCUUACUCGUCGAGAAAAGGAGGAGUUUGCUAGAAAUCGCGAGGUGCUUCGGAUUGCGGAGGAACGGUUACGUAUCGACGAUCAUCGUGAUGGCUACAUGAUGCCUGAGGACUAUAUCACCGAGAAAGGAAAGAUUGACCGGAAGAAGAAAGAGGAAGCUCUGUACAAACGGUACAUUGAUCGCGACGAGCAAGGUCACGAACGAUUUGUCACAGAGCAGGAAGAAUGGGAACGUGAGCAGACGGCAAAAGCAAAGGCACAGAUCUCGCGGGCAGAGUUCGUUGAUGAGGGAGAUUAUGAAUACGUGUUUGAUGAUGCACAGAAAAUCAACUUUAUCAUGGAUUCUAAGCUUGAAGGUGACCGGAAGCCUUUAACUAAAGAACAGCGAAUGCUACAACAGCAGCUGGAUGCAGCAGAAAAGAAAGCUGCAUCUAUUGAAGAAACUCGAAAGAGUCUUCCUAUAUACCAGUUCAGGGACGAGAUUAUUCAGGCGGUUCAUGAUCAUCAGGUCUUGAUUAUUGUUGGAGAGACUGGUUCCGGUAAAACGACGCAGAUUCCUCAGUACCUCCAUGAAGCCGGGUAUACGAAGAAUGGCAUGAAAGUUGGAUGCACGCAACCGCGACGAGUAGCUGCCAUGAGCGUCGCUGCACGAGUGGCAGAGGAGAUGGGGGUAAAACUGGGCAAUGAAGUGGGUUAUGCAAUUCGGUUCGAAGAUAAUACCAGCGACAAGACUGUUCUCAAGUACAUGACGGACGGUAUGCUACUUCGAGAACUUCUAACAGAGCCCGAUUUGGGUGCUUAUUCCGCGUUGAUGAUCGAUGAGGCUCACGAAAGAACUGUUCCCACUGAUAUUGCCUGUGGAUUGCUUAAGGAUAUUGCAAAAGCACGGCCGGAUUUGAAGCUUCUCAUCUCGUCUGCAACAAUGGAUGCGCAGAAGUUUCAAAAGUAUUUCGACGAUGCGCCAAUUUUCAACAUCCCCGGUCGUCGAUAUCCAGUUGAUAUCCAUUACACCUCUCAACCGGAAGCUAAUUAUCUUGCAGCCGCAAUCACUACCGUCUUCCAAAUCCAUAUUACCCAGGGACCGGGUGAUAUCCUGGUCUUUUUGACGGGGCAGGAAGAAAUCGAGGCGGCGGAACAGAGUAUCCAAGAAACUGCCCGCAAAUUAGGCGGUAAGGUACCUGAAAUGGUUAUAGCGCCGAUUUAUGCCAAUCUACCGUCCGAGUUACAAACCAAGAUUUUCGAACCGACGCCGCCAGGAGCAAGAAAAGUAGUCUUGGCUACCAAUAUCGCCGAGACCAGUCUGACGAUUGAUGGUAUUGUAUAUGUCAUUGACCCGGGAUUUGUGAAAGAAAAUGUGUUUAACCCGCGAACCGGAAUGGAAAGCUUGGUUGUAACACCCUGCUCGCGAGCAUCUGCUGGUCAACGAGCUGGUCGAGCCGGUCGUGUUGGUCCGGGUAAAUGUUUUCGACUAUAUACCAAAUGGGCAUAUCACAAUGAACUGGAAGAGAACACAACGCCAGAGAUUCAGCGCACAAAUCUCAGCAGUGUCAUACUCAUGCUUAAGUCUUUAGGCAUUGAUCAGUUACUCGAUUUUGAUUUCAUGGACCCUCCGCCAGCCGAGACCAUCAUUCGCGCAUUAGAGCAGCUCUAUGCAUUAGGGGCACUCAAUGACCGCGGCGAACUCACAAAGAUCGGACGGCAGAUGGCAGAAUUCCCCACGGAUCCCAUGCUAGCCAAAUCCAUUCUGGCUGCUGCUAAAUACGGGUGUGUGGAAGAAGUGUUGUCAAUCAUCGCCAUGCUUGGCGAAGCCAGUGCUCUCUUCUACCGACCCAAGGACAAGAAGAUUCACGCAGAUAGCGCCCGCGCACGAUUCACCAUCAAAGAAGGAGGAGACCAUCUCUCAUUACUCAAUAUCUGGAAUCAAUGGGUUGACUCGGACUUUAGCUACGUCUGGGCUCGCGAGAAUUUCCUCCAACAACGCAGUCUGACUCGUGCGCGCGACGUACGAGAUCAAUUGGCGAAACUAUGUGACCGGGUCGAAGUCACCGUCACCUCAGCUGGCGCUAACAAUAUCGUCCCCAUUCAAAAGGCCAUUACUGCCGGCUUCUUCCCCAAUGCCGCCCGCCUCCAACGCGGUGGUGACAGCUACCGCACCGUCAAGAAUGGACAGACUGUCUACUUGCAUCCGUCCAGCACACUGUUUGAAGUGAAUCCAAAAUGGGUCAUUUAUUACGAGCUGGUGCUUACGAGUAAGGAGUAUAUGCGGAGUAAUAUGCCUUUACAACCGGAAUGGUUGGUUGAAGUAGCGCCCCAUUAUCAUAAGAAGAAGGAUUUGGAGACGUUGGGAUUGGAUAAGAAGGUUCCCAAGGGGGAGGGAGCGGCUGGCGAGAAGAGUAAGAUGUAA